AUGGAUAUUUUCGAGAAAAGAAGGGGGUGUGAGGCUUCUCUUGUGAAACAGCAACAAAUGUCUUUGCCUGCUCUCCGGAAAGGUCAACGGUGGUCUGGUCUAUUCGAAUUUGUCAAGGUCCUCCUCCACAAGCAAGAUCCACCGUCUAUUUCACUCGACGUUCACUCAGAGUUCCAAAAAAGCUAUGUGUCCUUUCCAGAAUUCAAGGAGACAAAUGAAAACGAGGCAGAAGAUGAAUGGUUGCUGGACAGCCCUCCCACAACUGUCAACACAGCAUGGUCCUCUUGA